AUGGCAAUCUAUAGAAUUGCAAUUGGGUGGCCUAGAGAGGCUAGCCAUCCUGCAGCAAUUAGAGCAGCAUUUUCAGAGUUCUUCUCUAUGCUCAUUUUUGUUUUUGCUGGGCAAGGCUCUGGCAUGGCUUAUAGCAAACUCACCAACAGUGGUCCUGCAACUCCAGCUGGUCUCAUAGUUGCAUCAUUAUCACAUGCAUUUGGUCUUUUUGUGGCGGUUUCUGUUGGAGCAAACAUUUCUGGUGGUCAUGUAAACCCUGCAGUCACAUUUGGUGCUUUCUUAGGAGGGAACAUAACUUUGUUAAGAAGUAUUUUGUAUUGGAUUGCACAGUUGCUUGGUUCAGUUGUUGCUUGCAUUCUUCUAAAUUGUGCUACUGGUGGGAUGGAAACAUCAGCUUUCUCUCUAUCCAAUGGUGUGUCAGUGUGGAAUGCAUUAGUCUUUGAGAUUGUGAUGACUUUUGGUUUGGUAUAUACAGUUUAUGCCACAGCAAUAGACCCAAAGAGGGGGAAUGUGGGUAUUGUUGCUCCAAUUGCAAUUGGUUGUGUUGUGGGUGCCAACAUUUUGGUUGGUGGUGCUUUUGAUGGUGCAUCUAUGAACCCAGCUGUGUCCUUUGGGCCUGCUCUGGUUAGCUGGUCAUGGACUCAUCAUUGGGUCUAUUGGGUUGGCCCAUUCAUGGGAUCAGCCAUUGCUGCCAUUCUCUAUGAUAAUAUCUUCAUUGGUGAUGAUGGUCAUGAACCCCUUUCAAAUAGUGACUUUUAG